CUAAAGAGCGACGGAAGGCGAGAGCCAAGCUCCUUCCCCGGCGGCUGCCGCUUUCCGGGCGAUAAUGUUCUGCGAACUGAGCGUUCGCUUCGACCCUUCCCGGGACGUGGGACCUUGGCUUUCGGAGCGGGCGGAGGCGGCUGAGCGGCCGGGACGAGACGGCAGCGCAGAUGCUUGGGGAAAUCAUUUGGAAACGCUGCUUAUGAUAAAUGUGGAAAGAAAUGGAAAUGUUCUUUAUACUUGGAAGGACCCUCAGGAAUGCACAAAUGUUGGAUUGUAUGAUGAUGAUAAUAAGAAAAACCAGCACCUCUACACUUUUGAAAAAGACCUGCGGGUGAUCAGCUGUUCCAUCAAUCGUGAAAAGACCUUGUUAGCCAUCAGUUUCCUGCAGACAGCACAGGAAGAGAAAAAGUUCCUUUUUGAAACAGUUCCUAAAUGUCUGACCUUGCUAAUUGAAAUUCACCCGCUUAAUAAUGUGAAAGUUUUAAAGGCUGUGGAUAGCUGUAUUAGAGUACAGUUCCUAUAUCCCCUUACAGAUAAAACGUCAUGGUCAGAUAGCUGCCUCUUACUCAUUUCAGAAGAUAAAUAUGCCGAAAAAUUGGACAUCAAAACUGUCAGAGAAGGAGACAGGGUGAUGAUUGAAAAUUCGAGCUGGCUUUCGAAGGAGAGAAUUGCCGAUGAUCUCGUGUGGUCCCAGUGGGACAUGCUAGAACAAAGACUAUUCUACAUUGUCACAAAGGAAGAAGAAAGGGACAUAUUAAAUUGCAUCCAAUUUUAUCCCAAUAAAGACUUUAAACUGAUACUUGAAGUACCUUUAGAGAUCUCCAUGGCUGACAUAAGAUUAAGGUCCGUGAACGUGAAUUACAGCUAUUAUCAAGACCAAGAAACUAUACCCAAACCUUUGGAUGUACAUGUUUUUACCAGUGACACAGGAAGUUUAUGUUUGUGUUAUAGUUUGGCUAGUAUGAAUUCCAAGGACGUAUCUUACUCUGUGGCUUUUCUACAUAAAGGUUAUAGUAAAACAUAUACCGCCACUUUGGAAGAGAUGAAUUAUCUGCAAAUAAAGGAGCUGGGUUUUUUGGAUCUUGGCUCUUACCUGGCUGUGUACUUACCUGGACAAUUCCUGCAUCUUCUGGACACCCAACAUCCUGACCUCAUCUGCCACAGUUUCUUUCUGUCAGGCGAAGAUGCAAAAAUUAAUCUACUGAACGCUGACACCGUCUUUUCCCCAGCCAAAUCAAGUAUCUUGGAUCGCAGCACGGGAAAAAUAUUUACUGUGGAAAUGAGCCCAAAGGCUUUGCUACAAUUUUUGUGGAAGAGCAAGUCAGAUAACGACCAGUUAGCAGCUUUGCACUGUCUCCUACUACAUGUUGGAAGCACGGAGGAAUUGGAAGACCAGAUCAUCCAGUGGCUUUCCGAGAACGCGUCGAGUUGUUUUGCAUUUGAUCCUAUACAAGAGCUAAUCAUUGCUUCUUUACAUUGGAAAAUGUGCCUGGAAUCCAGCCACCUGGAUAAGCUUUUACCGUACACGUCACUGUCUAACUGGAAUAAGAAGGAUAUUCCUGGAAUUCUGUGUAAAAUGUACAUUAUUUCGUUACCCUCUUUAAAGGUGCAAAACUGCAAAGGUUUCUGGGAAAAAUUAAACGUCAAUCUGGAAUAUGUGAAAUAUGUUGAAACACCCUUGCAUUUGAGCCACAAAAUGCUGAGGAGGGAAUGGUAUAAACUACUUUCCGAUGAGAAGACGGCAGUGAGAACAUCUUACAUCAAAAGUAUAUUUGAAAACACAAAAAGGGUGUUUUCCAGUCUGCAAAGGUGGGAAACAGAAGACAGAACGGCUCCUCUUUUUCAAGAUGAAGAUUAUCAGCAAAGCUUGCUAACAGGAUUGAUGGUGGCACAACUCAAAGAGCAUCUCCUACGACCCCUGCAGUACGUUGGCAAAAAAAAGAUUGAUCAGAUAGCUGUGGAUUAUGUUUCAAAAUUGCUGGACCUAAUCUGUAGGAUGAUGGAGACUGUUAGGAGGAAAUACAGUCUUAGCUCCUUGUCCUUCUCAUGCAGGCAACCAGAGAAAGCGAAUGAGGUCAUCGUGUUCCAUAUCAUGUGCCGGAUUUUGCAGGCAGCCAGUGGGAUGUGUCUGCCUUUGCCUCCAGGAUUCCACACUCUGCACCUGGAAGUGGGGAUGAGGUGCUUCCCUUUGCACACGGUCCUGCAGUACAUUGACCAUGGAGUUCUGCAUCUAACAGAAAAGUACGUCCUGAAUCUUUGGAAAGAAUUGGACAACACUGAACAGAAUGUGAAGCUGAAGUUAAGUAUCCUGACCAGGCUUCCCCAGGCAAUUGGGUGCAAGGUUUGUCAGCUGUGGAACCAUUCUUUGAGCACACAUGUUAUGGCAAAGAACUACGUUAAAGUCUUGUUUGAGAAACUCAGCAGUAAACAGUACAAUAUUCCAUUUACGGACAGAAUAUCACCCCAAAUUGAGUUUCUCCCUCUUAACUAUUUGGUGACUAUCAUAGUAGAGAUGGAACGUCAAGGAUGGGCAGCUUCUCUGGAAGAGACCAACAUGAACGCAAGAUUGGUUGAAGAGGUGGCACUGAAACACACUACAAUGCUUUUAGGCCUUUAACUUAUUUAAUGACCACGAUGAAAUUACGAAUCCAAUAGCAUCAGAAUUUUGUUCUGCCUUUGAACGUAUAGGCAAUUGAAUUCCAGAGAAGAUACGGAUACAAAGCUUGUAAUAUUAUAUCUGAAAGAGAUAUCACAACUUCUACUACUGGAUGUGAAAUUGUUCUGAAUGCAAAAUAUUUUACAUUCAGAUGCUUUGGAACUUGAAACUGGAUUGAUUUUUUUUUUUUUUCAUUUUCAAACCUCACCUGGAAACAGCCUGUCCCAAAGAUGAAAAAAAAACCUCUUUU